AUGAAGACUGCAAUAAAGGAAGCUCUUCCGAGAAUGAGGCACAGGUUCUGCUGGUGGCAUAUUAGGAAGAACCUGAAGGAAAAUAAUGCAGCAGUGUUUGCGCAGCACCCAGUGAUGUCUGAUAAUUUAUUUCGAAUCGUCAAAAACUCAUUAGAUCAAGACGAGUUUGAGUGUGUGUGGAAAGCAGCAAUUUCUGUGGACAAGGCGGAAGGCAACAAACACCUGAACACGCUAUGGGAACUCCGACAUUUCUGGGUGCCGGCCUACUUCAAGGACUGCUUCUAUCCUUUCUCGUCAACAACCACUCGCAGUGAGAGCACGAAUUUGAUGUGGAAGAAUUACGUCGACCACAGGGACACAAUAAAAAGGUUUGUUGAUGGGUAUCACAUGAUUCAGCAAAAUUGCCUCGCCACGCUUGACAAGAAAAGACACCGAACAGAAGAGAAGGCGCCAUCACUAGAGACGGGUUUUCCGAUUGAAAGACAAGCAAGUCAAGUGUACACGAAUGAAAUUUUCAGGAAAUUCUAG